GAAGGAGCCCUUGAAACUUCUUCCCCCUUACGGAGAUAUUUCCUGGGCAAUACUUGAUAUGAAAGUAUUACCAAUCAUAUCAUACUAUCUUUCGACCCAUAGAUUACAGAAAUACUAUGAGAUCCCUAAUUGCCAGAUCAUCCAUAUGCUUCCAUUUUUGGAUUACAGGAGCUACUUGCCCCCAGCAGGAAUUGAACCAUGGACCUUAAGGACCUGUCCUGACGCCUUAGUCCACUGA